AUGGACAAAGACAAGGAAAAGGAAGAUGAUUCAACGAGCGCAAUUGGAUCAGCAAAAAAAGAUGAUACAGUAUUAACUUUGGACAUAAAAACAGCAGUUGAUGCGAAAAAUUCACAAGCUAAAAUAGUCCGAGGAACUAAAAAAAUUCGAGUUGAUUCUACAGAUUUUAAUCAAAUUACUGACAAAAAAGAUAACAAAGAAGAUGAAGGUGAUGCAAAAAUUGGUAAAUCCUUAAAACGUGAAAGUGAACGAUGGACUUUAGAAGAUAAAAAUACAUUUUUCAAAGCAAUUAAUGAAUAUGGAAAAGAUUUUGAUGGUUUGCAAGGAUAUUUUUUAAAUCAAGGCAGAAAAAAAGGUUCGUCGGAUAAUAUGAUCAAAAAUAAAGAACAAAUUCGACACUUUUAUUAUCGUACAUGGUUAAAAAUAUCAAAGCACUUAAAAUUUUCGGAUGAUUUGAAAAAAACAUCUCAAGAAAUUUAUGGAUUAAUCAAUUAUGGUGAAUUACGUCGUAAAUUACCGCGUAUACAUGAGAAAUUUUUACUUAAAUUGAAUGAAUUAAUUUACUGGGGCUCAACACAAGUUCGUUUACGUGGCAAAACAAUGCGGAUAAAAACACCGAUAUGUCGCGCAUUAAGAAAAUUAAAUCAACUUGAAGAUUGGCAAGAAGAGAUAAAAUUACCGCCACGUGUUACUGUUGAGUUACGACCGGGAAAUAAUCUAACAUGGUGGAAAGUUCAAGCUAAUGCUAUGAAUCCUCGAGUAAGAACAUUGGUACCAAUUCAGCGCCGUUUAUCUAGCUUAUUGGCAUUUUUACAACAACGAUGGCAGCCUCUAAAAUUUAAACCAUCUUUAAACAUCGACGAUGAAUCUUUUUAUGAUAAAAAAUAUAAUGACAAUGAAUUGUUGCGAGUUACACCAAUUGAAGGGGCUAAAAUAUCAUUACCAAUGGUUAAUCUUGGUGAAUAUUUAACUAGCAAUAGUGUGUCAUUGAAUUCUUAUGAACAACGUUUAAGCUUAAAAAGUUCUCGUGAAGAACUAUUAGGUUAUGUUCAACAAUUUAAAAGCGUUGGUAAAAAAACUAUUAAGAAAAAAAUAGAUAAAAAGAUAUUGAAUUUGAGAGGCGCUGGAACUGGAGGAUCUACUGGAGGAGAAGAUCACGAUAAAUUAAAUGAUAAUAAUAGUGAUUUAGAUAAUUUAGAUACACAUCUUAAUUGUAUAGACAAAUCGCUUUUUUCUAGUCAUAGUGAUAAAAACGUUGGAGAUUCUAGUGUAAAUAGUAAUAUUAAUGUCAAUUUAAAUAAUAAUAGUAAUAAUAACAAUAACAAUAAUAAUAAUAAUAUUAAUAAUAACUCAAGUACUGAACCUAAUCGGUUUCCGGGCCGUGAAACAAUUGAUCGUAUUCGAAUGGGAUGGAAUAUCGAAGAAGCUAACACUAUUACCAUAGGAGAUUUAUUCUUAAUGUUUGGACGAGAAUCAAAAAUAGUAUUAGAUUACUGGUGGGAUAGUCCAAAACAAAACGAUAGAGAGGCAAACGAUAGCUCACUGUUGAGUAAAGACUUUAAAAAACAAGAUGAAAAUAUUUGUCUUGCUUUACAAAAACUCUUGUCAAUUGCUAAGCACAACUACGGUAGUAAUAAAGCUUUUGACAAUACGUCAAGCAGCAAUGAAACAGUAGUAUCAUCUAGAAUGCCUUCAACUAAGGAUUCAACAUUUAGGAGGCCAUUGAUUCCACAAGUUUAUCAUAAAACUAACAGUCAUCAGGCAUUUAAAACUCAAUUGGACAAAUUUACCACAAGGUUUUGUAAACGUGGCCGCACAGUGAGGCAACGGAAUCUAAUAGUACAGCGUACAGUUCCAUUGAUUGGUAACAUGAGUUGUGAAACAAAUGAAACUAAUGAUACAAAUAAACUAAAUCUCAAUGUCCCACAAAAAGUUACCGAAUAUUCUAACGAUAAUAAUCCUAAUGAUAUGGGAGUUGAAUUAUCAAAUAAAAAUGAAAAUAUGGAGUCAGAUAAUUUAUUAUCAUCGUUUAAUGAAGUUCCUGUCGAUGAUUCUAAUAAUGAUUUAUUAGUACAGCCUUCUAACUCCAUAAUCACAUCUGCAACUCAAAUUUUAAAAGAAGGAGAAAGUCAAUGGCUUAACAGUGAGGUCGCUGACUAUUCUCUAAGUAGUUAUUUUCUCGGUCAACUUGAAUCACCAUUAAAAGGAUCGCAAAGAAGUCAAACAGGAAGUCAAUUAGAGUUGAUGCGACCUUCAUCUGAUGUACUCAGUCAAAUGCAAUGCCUAAUGGUAGAAAAUAGUGUAGAUUACAUGGCUAAAUUUGCUAACUUGGCGUCGCAGAUUGCAUCUAAUGAUCAAAAUAUAAACAGACAGCUGAAGGCGCGCAGUAGCCUAUCGGAUCCGGCCCUUGCUAUCAAAGCAUUGGACCGGGUUCGAAUCCGGCGUACACCAAUGAAUAUUUUCAAUAUUUAA